AUAAAAUUUCUCUCUUCCCAAACUCCAUAUCGGGCACAGUCGCAUCUGCUUUGCAUCUCCUUCCUCUUCUUAGAACCCUAAUCAGUCUUCUCCAAGACAACCACCAGUAAUCACCAUCUCUAGUCGGCGGCGCCUCUUGCAACCACCUCUCCUUCUCUGCUGGUGCUAUUCUCGGUAUUAUUUGGAUAUUUCUGUUGAUUUUAUUGAUUCAAAAAGUGUUUAUUUGUAAUUUUCUGAUAUGAUGGUCUCAAAUUGUUAAAUAUAUUAGAUAUGAUGUUAAUUAGUCUAUAUUCACUUGACAAUUCUACUUAAAAUUGGUAGUAUCGGGCGCCCCUCCUUCCCUGACUCAGGGACGGGCCUGACAAUGGGUGCCCUAACAAGUAAUCGUAAGCGAACGGAUGAAUGUGUUAGCUUAUGCAAUCCAUCUCCAUCAUUUAAUUCAUCGGAUCCUUUUCCUUAUUAUAGUAAUCAAGUUGAUACCCAUAUAGCAAAGAAACGGAGGACUAUUAACAUUCAGAGCCUUGGGAAGUUAUCGACCACUGUUUCAAGAUUAAAUCGGUAUCCUGAGCCGGAGAAGCUUCGAAGGGAGGUUCAUGCCCCUGUUAAGCAUACUAAACCUGGGUUAUUUUCUACUGUAUUAAAGCGUAGGGAUAGUGGAAUCUGUUGGAAGGGUUCAAUGGGGAAUGUGUUUAGGAAGUAUGCGCAGGCGAAACACGAUGCCCUUGGUGCUUUGAAAUUUAUAAAGGUAGGUAAAGAUAAGGAAGUGAUUGAUGUGGAUACCGAGCCUCAGAAGGAAGAUGUGAUUUCUAAGGGUUGGGAAGAGGUGGAAAUUUUACAAGAUGGCCAUCAAGUAAGACCAGUGGUUUCUGACGACUGUAGAAUUCUAAAAGGUGAUACCUUGAAAAAGGGUGCUAUUCAGGGUCUUUCUGAGGUUCCAAAUUUGAUUGAAGCUGUACAUUCUGGUAAAGUUGUAUCGCUUGGUCGGGAGGCAUAUAAACAAUUGCUGAGUACCGUUGACAGGAAUUAUUCUACUAAGCUCACUACUUUAGGCUCUAAUAUUAAAAUAGAAAACGCUCGAUGGCAGUCUAUGCGCCUGUUGCAGAAACAAAAGGAGGAGAAGAAAUCCAAGGAGCUGAAGAAACCAGGACAGGGCUUGUUGUUUGAGCCUUUUGUGCCUCUCACAGAAGAGGAGGAUAGAGAUGUUGUGCGUGCGUUCUCAAAUUCUAAUCGGAGAAAGAUUUUGGUCAGUCACGACAACUCCAACAUCCAGAUUACUGGUGAAAUUUUGCAGUGCUUGAGACCAGGUGCAUGGCUGAAUGAUGAAGUCAUCAAUGUAUAUCUUGAACUGCUGAAAGAGAGAGAAAGAAGAGAGCCGAAGAAAUUUUUAAAUUGUCAUUUCUUCAAUACAUUUUUUUACAAGAAGCUGAUAGGUGGAAGAAAUGGCUAUGAUUAUAAAGCUGUUAGAAGAUGGACCACACAGAGGAAGCUUGGAUAUGGACUCUUGGAGUGUGACAAAAUAUUUGUUCCUAUCCACAAAGAAGUACAUUGGUGUUUGGCAGUCAUUAACGUGAAGGAUAAGUCAUUUCAGUAUCUGGACUCGUUGGGUGGAAGAGAUCUCAAGGUUUUGAAAGUAUUGGCUAGAUAUUUUGCGGAUGAAGUAAAGGACAAAACUGGGAAGGAGAUUGAUGUUAAUUCAUGGGAGCUAGAGUUUGUGGAAGACCUUCCUGAACAACAGAAUGGGUUUGAUUGUGGUGUGUUUAUGAUCAAGUAUGCUGAUUUUUUUAGCAGAGGCUUGGGGCUGCAUUUUUCUCAGGAAAAGAUGCCUUAUUUUCGACUGCGGACAGCAAAGGAGAUUUUGAGGCUAAGAGCAGAAUGAUAUGCAUGAUGCUGUGGGUUACUAUGAUGUAUUGGUGGAUGUUCCUGGUAACUUGGAGUAAGGAAAUGGGAUUUCAAGCGGUUGGUCUUUGAUUGAGAUGAGCUCAGCUUUGGGAAGCAUAUGGGGUUUUCAUUGAACUGGAUAAGCUUGUAUAUAUUGUGUAGCUGCUAUUCUUGCUUACCUACAACUCUGUAUUCCUUGGUUCUUUUGGCCUGCCCCAUUUGGUUAAGGUGAAUUCUAAGAUUUGGGCUCGUCAUGCUUGCUCAAAGUGGUUGAUAUCAUCACAGAUUCAUAGUUACAAUUUGUAUCAGAUAACCAAGCUGCCUUUUUUUCUUCCUUUUCUUUUCUUCUUUUUGAUUUUGUAAAUUGGUUAUGUUAUGUUGAGGGGUGACCUCGGAAGAGUCUGAACUAAGCUUGUUGAACCCAUUAGUCCUUCAUUUUAUGGUCUAGGCUUUUGUUCAUUAUUA